AUGCAGCGAGGAUGACCGAUGGAGUGGAGAGCCGUUUGCGAUCACCCAAAGUGUAUCGCCAACGACCUGUCAGAGCAGACACGCGAACGGAGUCGCAUGGCAUGACUUGACUCUUGACAUGGUUCUAAAGUACGUCGCGUGCCGUAUAUCGAUACCUCGGCACACCAUCGCGUCGCGUCGCUUACCCUCCUUGCUCUCGAUUCCGAUGUGAGACGAAAGCUUGCUCUAGCUUCAUAACUGGUACGGCGCUUCAUCCCCAGUCGACUAGUAGAACCCACGUUGUUGCGUAGCGGCGACGCUCCUUCGUCUUGCGCCACGAACGUACAGACGUUUUUCGUAGAACUCGCAUCGGCCCUCUUGCAACGAAAAGUCCCCCCUCGCCGUGCUAACGUCUCUACAAUAGCCGUCGAUUCAGCUAACGGCCUGACUCCUGAAUUGCUCUUACUUGGCGAAGUGAGAGCACGGUCCACGAUGCAUCCCGCCCUCUCCUCUCACCUCCCCCACGCAUUGGAGCCCGCCUCUCGGUCCCAUAUCCCCUCCUCAGUAGCACCCUCCGCAACCACCAGACAGUAGGGACGCUCCAGGCUCGUCAGAUUUAGUCGUAACCCGACAGAAGAGCAAAUCGCAGCCACCACUAUCGAGGACACAUGGAUCAGUUCGCUCCCGUUACACGUCUAUCGAUAGCCGUCUUUCUCGCCGUCGUCGCAGCUGCCACGUGGCACCUUCUCGACAAUUUCUUGGUCAUCACCCCGCCAGAGGGGUGCGCGGGGCCCGCGGGGUCCCCGCGGGUGGCGGAGUGCUUGGCGGAGUUCCGCAGCGCGCGGCGGUCGCUGGGGGUGAUGCCGCAGGCGCAGCAGGACGUGACGGCGGCGAUGCUGGUGCGGGUGGAGCUGCAGGCGCGGCAAAUGAUGCGGUUAGUGAGGCAGCUACAAGCGAGUGAUUUGAGCGGUUUCUCGCCACGUCAGCAGCACUUCAUUCGAGCCGUCUCAGACGACUGCCUUGAACAGGGGGCGGACGCGGCGGAGGAAGUGCGCGAGGCGUACCUGGAGCUGCGCGCAGGCAGCCGCGGAGACGACUUGCGCUUCCAGCUCGCGGCGAUCAAGACGAAACUGAGUAACUGUGUUACCGGGUUCAGCGAAUUCGCACCCGCGGCUCUCAAGACAGCUCUGGGAGCCACGCUCACGGUGGGUUCAACACGCGUCAAGUCCACUGUAAGCGCAGCCGUCACAAUCGCAUCAGCCUAUAGCGGGUACAGCAACAAGCGCCAGCAGGUACCGCAAGCAGCCGGCAUGCGCUCAGGGCAGGGAAAAGCCGGUUCCCGGCCCCCAGCGCAGUAUCCCCCGCAGCAGGCGGGACCGCGGGCGGGGCUGCGGCCACUGCAGGCGGGGCAGACUGGUCAGUCGGGACACGGGGAGCUGCGCACCACGCAGGCGGGGCCGGCGGGACAGGCGGGGAAAGGGGGGAAACUGGGGCAAGCGGGGCAGGCGGGGCAGGCGGGGCAGUACCUUCCUGUACAGUACCGCACGGAGGUCCCCCAACAAUCCCCGGUACAGUCGCAGAAUCGAUACCAGAUACAAGCGCAGUCGCAGCAGCUAGUGCACUCGCAAGUGCAGCCGGAUUAUGAUUAUGACGGGUACUAUGACGACCCAAUAGAUGGUGAUGACGACGGUUCGACAAGCGGGGAUAGGAGGGAGGGGUUUUAUCGGAUCAAGAGCGAGGAUUUAAGGCCGGGAUUGGCUCAGGCGCAGUCGCUGGACGAGACGGAUUAUCAGCCGCUAGAUGCGGUAGAAAGCACGCAGGAUGUGGAGAGAGGGAAUGAUGGGAGUGCUGGGGAGCUGGCGAAAGCUGGCGAAAACGCUGGGGAUUGGUAUCCUGCGGAACCGAGCUCGUUUGUAUCGUCCUCGUCGGUGUCGUACUCUUCGGAUGGAAAUUCCACUCCAACAGGAACAGCAGCAGCGGAUUCUGAAAUACCUGGCGAUAUAAAUUACGAUUACAUUAGCGGAAAUGAUAGCAGUUCGGAUUACGACUACUACAGUGACGGUAAUAGUGCGUCGCCCGGGGUCAAUAGCGAGCUCGACGGCUUCAAUGGGGUACAGCAGGAGGAUAGCAGAUUGCAGCAAGGCCGCACCACUGAUUCGCAGCAGGAUAAAAGCCCGUCAGAUAGCUCCAGAAGCCAAGAUAAUGGCGGUAGUGCUGGCGAUGCUGUAGAUUAUUCCGUUAGUGACGUUCUUAACAUAGAUGCCGAUUCGUAUUAUGGCUCCCACGACGGUAGUAGAAGCGGUGAUGACGGCGACGGCGGUACGGAUGGUUACAGUAACGGAGAUGGCGGUAUAGAUAUCGACGGCAAAGCUAGUGCUGCCAGUGCUUAUAUCACGGAUUACCACUCUAACGACCCCGCUAGUGGCAGUAAGAACGGCGAUAGCGGUUCGGAUUACUACGACCGUAGCGACAAUGGCGGCAAUGUUAGCGAUGAGAGCGAUUCUGACGGUAACAGCAACGGCCCUAGUACGGAUAUCGGUCCGAGCGAGGGUACUGGCUUGGAUUACGAGGAUACUGACAAUUCUGACACAUCGGUUAGUGUUGCUAGUGCUGUUAGUGCCGCUAGUGCUGUCAGUGAUGCUAGUGCUGCUAGUGCUGCCAGUGGUGUUAGCAGCAAUGGCGGGUCAGAUGACUACAGCACUGACGGAUCAGUUGUUAGUGCUGCUAGUGCUGAGAGUGCUACGAGUGGUGUUAGCGGCAAUAGCGGGUCAGAUGACUACAGUACUGAGGGAUCGGGUGUUAGUGCUGUUGGCGACAAUAGUGGUAUGUCUAACGACAAUACUGACGCUGCUAGCGGUAAGAUCGACGAUGGCCGUUUGGGUUACGAGCUUACUGACGCUGAAGCUAACGAUGACGCUGCUACUAAUGCUAGGGACGACAGUGGUUCUGACUAUAACGCUGAUGACACUGCUAGUAACGGUGUUAACAGUAGCGGAUCUGACUAUGCUAACAGUAACGGUAGCGACGAUAACGGUACGGCUGACUACGCCACUGACCCACCUAAUAAAGGCGUUGACAAUAGCGGGUACGAGCAGGGCCAGAUGCCUUCAUUGGGCGCUAAUCCGUCGCAGAGCGACAGCAGACCGUCGCAGGAGUCGCAAGUCUCGUCGCAAGUCGAGUACGGCUACGAUUACGGGUCGCAGGGCGCCGAGGGCGAGUCCUCGCAGAACGCGCCAGGUGUCGCAGAGCGAGUCACGCGGAACCGCCAGCUGCGCGCUGCUGCUGCUCCUGCUUCAGUUACCCGACACGUGUCGCAUGAGUCUCCUCGCAGAAUCACUGCUGCUGCUACCCGUCAGGCAUCGUUAGAGUCCCUUGGCGAAGGCGAGUCUGGUUACCACAAUAGCGUUGGCGAGUCAGGCGAAGAAGCGGGUGGUUACCAGCACCCAGAGUGGCUGGAGGCUGGGCUAUACGAGCAGCUGAAGGAGCUCCAGGCGCGAAUGCGCGGAGAGCACGCGCGCGCGCAGCACUGGGCGGACAGACGGCGCAAGCUGCUGGGCCUCCCCCUCGAUGCGGAAACGGGGGAAGAAGGGGGCGGGGAAGAGGGGGAGAUGGGGGGGACCGAGAGGAGGAGAAGGGGGUUCGGGGUGGGGCAAUGGCAACGGCGACAGCGGAAGAGUGACAUGUGGCAGAGGCGAGGCGCGCUACAGCCGAGGGGACUACAAGUGAGAGCGUUCCAGCGGAAGGCGCUACAAACGAAAGGGCUACAGCGGAAGCAUUAUAGUCCCCAUUCCGCCUAUCCUCCCCCUAUCCCAGCACUCCGCCCCAAACCCCGCGUGCUCGUCCCCCUAGCCACCACCUUGGGGCAGAAAACCGCCCCCCACCCCCCCACUGCGGGGCACCACGCGCCCGGGUCCCUGCACCACGCGCCAGGCACGGGGCCCUCGCACAAGGAGAAGCAGCCCAGCCACUGGGGGGAGGCGGGGAACGGGGGGAACGGGGGGAACGGGGGAAUCGGGGGGAACGGGGACGCGGAGGGGGGAGUGGGCGGGCACCACAAGCACCUGUGGAGCAACGGGCGCAAGGGCGCGCACCACCCCAAGGGCGUGGGGCACCACAAGUGGAAGCGGAAAGGGGGGAGUGGCGGUGGGGGAAGCAACAGUGGGGGGAGUGGGAUCAGCCGCGGGUCACUAAAGGCGGAUGCGGUGGUGGGGCCGGGGGAGAAGUACAACACCGUGGAGGGCGCGCUGUCAGCCGCGCCGAAGGACGGGCGGUUUGUGAUCUUCAUCCGCGCGGGGACUUAUAGGGAGUCGAUUAUUUUCAGGAACAAGGGGUUGAUCAUGGUGGGGGAAGGCAGCGACCGCACAAUCAUCACGGGGUCGAAGAGCGCUGGGAGUGGCUCCACCACGUACCGCUCUGCUACUAUUGGUGCCAACAAGGAGCGCUUCUGUGCGUUGGGCAUCCGCUUUGAGAACACAGCCGGGCCGGAGAACCACCAGGCGGUUGCAAUGCGGGCCAGCGGGGACCGCUCCGCCUUCUUCGAGUGCGCCUUCGAGGCCAACCAGGACACGCUGUACGUGGACGCGGGACGGCAGUACUACAAGGACUGCUACAUCGGCGGCACCAUCGACUUCAUCUUUGGUGAUGCUGCUGUCGUCAUCGACAACCCCACCAUCGUGGUGCACAAGAGCAGCUCCUUCUCCACGAUCACAGCAUCGGGGCGCGAGAGCGAGACCCCAACAGGCAUCGUAAUCCGCAACGCCAAGAUCUCGACGGACUCGGGAGCGAUGGACGUUUACCUGGGGCGGCCCUGGAAGAACUGUGCGCGCACCGUCUUCGUCAACUGCUACAUGCCCGCAGAGUUAGAGCGGGACGGGUGGAGCACAUGGGGCGGCGACACCAAAGGGAGCUGCCUGUACUAUGCAGAGAAGGGCAGCACGGGGCCGGGCUACUCUGCCAGCCGUGCGUCGUGGGUGCACCCGGGCAUCAUCUCAGACGCCUCCCAGUUUGACCCCGAGCCGUUCGUUGACCUCAGCUCGUGGCUGGAUGUAUCUGGGAAGAACCCCAAGUGGUGAUGGCCUUAGGGUGAGGGGGUGUGCUGUCAGCCGGGCGUCCUGGGUGCACCCAGUCAUCAUCUUACAGUUGAUGCUUCGCAGCUUGAACACGAGCCGUUUCUCACUGCUUCUGACUCAACGCCACCAGCUGCCUCACUUAUAUGGCGAUUGGGGGCGGGCUGAAGCGACAGCUGUUAGGGCAAAAUAAGCGGCUGCUCGACGGGUAAAAGCGCUAUCAGCCGUGGAAAGCAGUUGCUCUCCUGUGCGCGGUGUGAGCUAGUAACUAGGCCAAUGGUUUGUUGGUAGGGCGGGUGACGAACCUACGGUUGGUUGGUUGGUACAAUAGGUGCCUGUUGAUGAACAAAUAAGCA